AUGAAACAAGAAAAAGUUGUCACAUAUGUUCGAGGAGCAACUUCAAAACCUCAUGAAAUUUCAUGGAUAACAAAAAAAGAAGACGAAGAAAAAUGGAAGGAAAAAGAAGAGAAGUAAUGUAUGCAGUCAAAGACUUUUUGCUGCUCUUUUUUUGGCCAUCUUUUCUUAUUUUUCUUUUUCUUUUUCUUCGUCUUCUUUCUUCUUCUUCCUGCUCGUAAUUCCCAAAAUCCAUAUAAAUAGAGAACCUCUCUCUGUCUUCUUCCCCGCGUUUUCUUUUCAUUUUUUUUUAUUAUUUUCAUUUCACGCCAUUUUAGUUUCCCCCCCCCAUUACUUUGUAUGUUUUUUGCAGACUCUCCACCAUGAAAUCACAUUUAACACUUUUAAUUUUAUUAUCCGCUAAUGUAUUUUGCAUCAAACGAACGGCAAAAGAUUUGGAGAGCCAGCUUUACGAGGAUUUGCUUUUCGAUUACAAUAAAGUGCCACGCCCCGUCAAAAAUAGCUCGGAUAUUUUGACGGUGGAUGUGGGGGCGUCCCUCAUUAGAAUUAUUGAUGUUGAUGAGAAAAAUCAAGUGUUCACAACCAAUCUGUGGCUGGAAAUGGUAGGAACUUGAAAAUUUCAGGGGAGAAACUUGAAAAAGAGAAGCCUAAUUCUUAUCUGUAAAAGUCUUAAAAUUUACGGUGGCAUCAAGGGAACCAGUAAAUUUAUUUAUGAUAUUUUUACUGGGUUUCAUGCUUCUUCGAAUUUCAUCACAAAAAAUUGACUUUUUCCAACGACACUGCACUUUAAUCCACCCAUACCCGGUUUUCGUGAAAAAAACAUUUUCUUUUUCAAAAAUUCAUUUCCAAUAUUUCAGAAAUGGAACGAUGCAAAACUAACAUGGUCGCCACAAAAAUACGGAGGUAUCAAAACCCUUCAUAUUCCAAGUGAUUUUAUCUGGACUCCUGAUUUAGUGUUAUACAAUAAGUAAGUUUUUCAUAUGUUUUCUGAAAAUUUUUUAAAAACAUUUAAUAAUUUCAGCGCUGCUGGUGAUCCAGACAUAACAAUUUUAACAGAUGCUUUGGUUACUUAUGAAGGAGUAGUUUAUUGGCAACCACCAGCAAUCUAUAAAUCAUUUUGUCCAAUUGAUGUAACAUGGUUUCCAUAUGAUGAGCAAAAUUGUGUAAUGAAAUUUGGAACUUGGACAUAUACUGGUCAAUAUGUUGACUUGAAACAACUUCCCAAAGGUUAGAUUCUGCUUGAACUCUAAUUAAAAGAUCAAAUGUUUCAGAACAAGUUGUCAUCGAAAAAUCGUCGACUGCAGAUGAGCAAGUUGAAGGGAUUGAGCAAGGAAUGGAUUUGAGUUUCUUCUAUCUUUCCGCUGAAUGGGAUUUACUACAACUCCAAUCAAAACGCCACUCGGUUUUAUAUGCAUCUUGUUGUGGACCAGAAAAAUAUGUAGACAUCACAUAUUAUUUUCGACUACGACGAAAAACCUUGUUUUUCACAUGUAAUUUGAUAGUGCCUUGUUUCCUUAUUUCAAUUCUCACUACUUUCGUAUUCUAUUUAUCCGACCAUAAAAUCACAUUCUCUAUCUCGAUUUUGGUUACACUUACUGUGUUUUUCUUGGUGAGUUUUUUUUCAAAUUUUUCGAGAUUGCGAAUAUUACACCGUAAUUUCAGGUUCUGAUUGAUCUUAUGCCUCCUACAAGUUUGGUGAUACCAAUGUUUGGAAGAUAUCUAAUCACCACUAUGAUUCUGGUUGCAUUAUCUACUGUGGUUUCUGUUAUCACUGUGAAUUUCCGAUUCAGAUCUGGAUCAGCCCAUAAAAUGUCACCAUGGAUUAGGGUGGUGUUUCUGCAGUUUCUACCAAAGUGAGUUGGGGUUUUUUUUAAAGUUCCUCUGAACAUCACUGAAACAUGUUUUCAAAAAAUCAAACAUUUAAGAAAAAAAACCAAUUAUAAAUUCCAGAAUUCUAAUGAUGAAAAGGCCCGAAAAGAACGAAUCAACAAAACAAACUUCACUUAUUGACCCAGCCAGUUUAGUUGGACCAAGUUAUGCAAAUUCUGCGAAAGUAAGUGUGUUGUUUGUUUUGCCUAUAAUAUAAACAAGGGUUUCCAGGCCGCCAAUGAUUAUCGAAAUGAGAAAAAGAUGAGUGGUCCCAUCAAUCACUCAAACGACGUUAUAAAACUGCGUGAAAAACCAAGUUCUCAAGCAGUUCUCAAUAAUACUUUUGAUAUGAGAAUGAGAAAUACGGAGAGUAAAGUUGAAACAAAGUUGAAGCCAUUUUUGUGUGCACAAAAUAAUACAGCCCCAACUGUUGCUUUUCGAAAAACUAAAAAGGACAAAACAAAAACUAUGGAUGAUAUUGUUUUUGUGAAUUUAUUGAAUCAAGUUCGAUUUAUUGCUGAACAUUUUCGACAUAACGAAAUGGAAGGAGAGGUUUGCUCGUUACUAUAUGCCUAAAUAAAUUCAAUUUCAAAUUUUUUUUGUUUUCAGAUCUCUGAUGAUUGGACAUUUGUUGCAAUGGUUCUAGAUCGACUCUUCCUCAUUAUCUUUUCCGUGCUGAAUAUUGGCACAGUAUUUAUUAUUAUUGAAGCACCAGCCCUCAAGAAUGUCGAAUGGCCUUUAAAUAUUACAGUGCCUAACAAACCACUUGGACAAGCCAAUUUAUAA